AUGACUGAUUUCUCAUAUAUUUGUGAUAGCAUCUAACCCACAAUCAAGAAGGUUAAACUUGACCUUUUUAACUCAUUUGAAGAUGAAACUAUGUCUGCCAUCAUUAAAAAGGAUGAGCCUUCUUUUAUACCCUUUUUAAGUCUAAGAUAAAAAUUCGGUAUACAUCAAAAAGGUGGGUUUUAUCCACUUCCAAAAAAAUAUGCAUAUCUUUUAGAUUUAUGCAAGAAAAUAGAAAUGAAUUUUUUAAGAAAUUAAUGCUAAAUUUAAUUUUCUGUGUAGAACAAUUUUACAGAAAUUAUCUAAGUCCUCCAGCUAUUAAAUUUGGAUCCUAAUUUAUAUAAAAUGAAAGUGAUUUCAGAAGGAAUUGUAAUUUAGCACCCCUUUUUAAAUAUUUCUAACAAGAAUGAUAACAAAAAUAUCAUAAAAUCUUAGUAAGAGUAAAAAUAAAUGUCUGAAUCUAUUGAGAAAAGAAUAACAUCCCUGAGAGGGAUACUCGAUUCGUAAGUUUAAAUAAAACAUAAAGAGCAUUUGUCAAUGAUUAAUUGUGAAGAUUUUGAAUAAUUCGGAUCUUAAUUCAAAAUCUAUCAUAAUGACUUUGAUUUGAAUGAUUCACCUGAUAUAAAGCCAAUAAAAUUGAAGUGGUAAAUCUUCCCCAAAGAAUUAAUAUAGUUUCAUCUUGACUUCUUAAAUUUCUUAAUUGAACACUAUGAUAAACGAGGAGUUAGUUUCAUGUAUUAUGAAAAUAUCGUUACAAUACUUAGUGUUCAUUUUAAUAAAGUUAAAAGUGAAAUAGAAAAGACACUUAAAAAUAUAAUAACUUUGCUACCAGAUAAGAUGAAUAUUCUAAUGGAUCACAUAAAUAAACAAAGAUGGUUGCUUUAGUUAGAUCGAGCGUCUUUGUUGUAAUUAAAUAAGUAAAUUAUAUUGAAUUAAUUUUUGUGUUAUUGA